GUUCGUGUGCGCCGGAUGGUAUUCCUGCUCGUCUCGCUCCGCCAGUUAAGUCCAAUCGGAGGCAGCCGGUGGCGCACGGCGGUGGUCUCUCUCUGGUGGGCUCUCACUCUCACAGCAUUGCUUCAGGUCUGGUUGAGGCCCUCUCACCCAAGGCCUCUUUAAUAGUCCAAAGAUCUGGUAGUGAACAAAAAAAUGGAGAAUGUCACGGCACGGGCGACAAAUGGGAUAAACCUGACUUGCGGCGUGUCUGGAAGUCAUAACUUCAUCUUCACGUUCGUGCCCAUCGUCUACAGUUGCAAUUUUGUCAUCGGCAUCGUGGGUAACAGCAUGGUGGUCGCGGUCAUCUACUGCUACAUGAAGCUCAAGACUGUGGCUAACAUAUUUGUGCUCAACCUGGCAGUCUCCGACCUCACCUUCCUCAUCACCUUGCCCAUGUGGGCCACGUUCGCAGCUACGGGCUACCACUGGCCCUUUGGGGGAUUUCUGUGCAAGACUAGUGCAGGUCUGGUCAUCUUCAACCUAUAUACCAGCACCUUCUUCCUCACCGCGCUGAGCAUUGACCGCUACCUAGCCAUCGUGCACCCGGUGCGAUCACGCCGCUUCCGCACAGUGGUGUAUGCCCGCAUCACCUGCGUGGUCAUCUGGCUGGUAGCCUUCGUCCUCAGUGUGCCCACAGCAUUAACUCGGGAUGUGAUCAACAUUGCUAACUCCAACAAAACCUUGUGCGGAGUCCUGCACAUGAGUGAUGAGAAAGAUGUGAGGCUGAAGGGUCUCCUCCUUGCCAUCAGCCUGAUGAAAAGCCUGAUGGGUUUCCUAGUGCCCUUCAUCAUAAUCUUCACAUGCUAUUGCCUGAUCGGGCGGGCGCUGGUGGGCGCGAGGCACAUUCAGAAAAGCUCUAGGUCCCGGGACGACGAGGUCCUACGUAUGCUCGCUGCUGCAGUCCUGGCUUUUUUCCUGUGCUGGAUGCCGCACCAGGUGUUCCAUUUCCUGCAGGUUCUCACCCAACUCAUGCAGGUGGAGAACUGCACCAUGUUGGAAAUCAUCGACACCGCUAUGCCUUUCACCAUCUGUCUUGCUUACCUGAACAGUUGCGUCAACCCUAUCGUCUACGGCUUUGUGGGACGCAACUUCCGGAAGAACUGUAAACGACUGCUUCGUUGCUCACCCCCCGGACCCCCCGGGACACAUCCGAGCAUCAGCUCCAAAAUGAGCGCCCUGUCCUUCCGGGCUUCCGAGGCUCUGAGCCUAACAGCCUAUAAGAGCAAAGCCUCCUCUGACGGAAAGUAACUGUGGAAGAUUGCGGGAACAGGCCCACUCCUGACUAUAGUGGCGAAAGAAGAACACAUUCCACUGUUGGAAAACCCCCAACACUCCAAGCACUGAAGCAUGCAAAGACUGUCUUGAUGUCCUGUGGCAUGCUUGUCAAUCAGGAAUAUACACAUGAAAAUAUAGUACAUGUCACUUAAUGGAAUAGCUUAAUGAAAUAAGUUUUCUUAAGCGGGGUACAUGCAUACCGAUCUCCAGACUGAAUUUGAGCAUAUUCUAUAUUCCUUCCCUUGUGAUCUACCUUGACAAGGACCCGAUAAUCGGUUGGCUUUGAAAGAUUAUCCCCUUACUGUAAGGGGAAUUUAUGAGAGAUUUAUUUUCCUUCAGAUUUACAUAAAACACAAUCAGAAUUACUAUACUGGUCCUUCUAUAAAAAUUAGCAUAUUGUGAUAAAGUUCAUUAUUUUCUAUAAUGUACUGAUAAACAUAAAUAGACAUUCAUAUAAUUUAGAUUCAUUACACAAAACUGAAGUAGUUCAAGCCUUUUAUUGUUUUAAUAUUGAUGAUUUUGGCAAAAAAGUCAAGAAACACCAAAAAUCCCAAUCCCAAAAAAAUUUGCAUAUCAUGAAAAGGUACUCUAAAGAACCUACUAACCUAAUCAUCUGAAUCAACGAAUUAACUCAAAACCCCUGCGAAAGAUUCCUGACGCUUUUAAAAACUCCCAGCCUGGUUCAUUACUCAAAACCGCAAUCAUGGGCAAGACUGCCAACCUGACUGCUGUCCAGAAGGCCAUCAUUGACAUCCUCAUGCAAGGGGCUAAGACACAGAAAUUCCUGAGCGAAUAGGCUGCUCCCAGAGUGCAGUAUCAAGGCACCUCAGUGGGAAGUCUGUGGGAAGGAAAAAGUGUGGCAGAAAACGCUGCACAACCAGAAGAGGUGACCGCACCCUGAGAAAGAUUGUGGAGAAGGGCAGAUUCCAGAGCUUGGGGGACCUGCAGAAACGGUGGACUGAGUCUGGAGUAGAAACAUCCAGAGCCACCGUGCACAGGCGUGUGCUGGAAAUGGGCUACAGGUGCUGCAUUCCCCAGGUCAAGCCACUUUUGAACCUGAAGCAGAGGCAGAAUCGCCUGACCUGGGCUACAGAGAAGCAGCCCUGGACUGUUGCUCAGUGGUCCAAAGUACUUUUUUCAGAUGAAAGCAAAUUUUGCAUGUCAAUCGGAAAUCAAGGUGCCAGAGUUUGGAGGAAGACUGGGGAGAAGGAAAUGCCAAAAUGCCUGAAGUCCAGUGUCAAGUACCCACAGUCAGUGAUGGUCUGGGGUGCUAUGUCAGCUGCUGGUGUUGGUCUAGUGUGUUUUAUCAAGGGCAGGGUCAAUGCAGCUAGCUAUCAGUAGAUUUUGGUGCACUUUAUGCUUCCGUCUGCUGAAAAGCUUUAUGGAGAUGAAGAUUUCAUUUUUCAACACGACCUGGCACCUGCUCACAGUGCCGAAACCACUGGUAAAUGGUUUACUGACCAUGGCAUAACUGUACUCAAUUGGCCUGACAACUCUCCUGACCUGAACCCCAUACAGAAUCUGUGGGGUAUUGUGAAGAGGAAGUUGAAAAACACCAGACCCAACACUGUGGAUGAGCUUUAGGCCGCGAUCGAAGCAUCCUGGGCCUCUAUAACAUCUCAGCAAUGCCACAGGCUGAUUGCCUUCAUGCCACGGCGCAUUGAAGCAGUCAUUUCUGCAAAAGGAUUCCCGACCAAUAUUGAGUGCAUAGCUGAUAGAAUUGAAGGUAGACUUUUUUUUGUAUUAAAAAACACUUUUUUGUAUUGGUCAGAUGAAAUAUGCAAAUUUUU